GUCUCCAGCCCCGGCUCAGUGAAGUCAAUGCCUUGAGGAGGAAAAGUUCAAUUGCUCGCUUCUGGCUCUGAUCUGCUCCAAAAAUUAGACCUUUGGAGGGAGUGAGGAUGCGAAAUGAAAGCCUUUUUGGCAACCUGAUCUUUCUUUGGAGCAAAUCCGAAGAGCUUGCUUUUCCGCUUUGGGGUUGACUGCACGCUCUAAAGGAGAAGGCUUGGGGUGUGUGCUUGUGUGAGUGUGAAAGAAAGAGUGUGUAUUGUGAUUGUGUGUGUGCGCGCGCGUGGUUUGAGUGAGUGUGCGCGUGCAUGUAAAUACUUUCUCUUCUUUCGCCCCCCGAAAAAAAGGGAAUAAAAGAGGGGAGAAAAAGAUCAGCUGGGCUAGGUGGCUUUAUUCUCUCGCUCUAAAGCAAAGCUGACCGAAGCCAACUAUUGUUGCUGCCCGGGUUUGCAAAUGAAGGGAAUUGUCUCUGCAAACGGAGAGGGGUUUUUUCUCUUUGUAGCCAAGUGAAAGAGAUUAGCCCGAAAACCUGUGAAAUUGACCGGCCUCGGACAUUUCCCCCGGCAUCGAGAGGUUCGGGAAGAUAAAGGGAAGGGAGUCAAAAUAUAUCCCGAGUUCUUUUUGACCUGUCAGAAGAUGUCAUCGCAAACUAAGUUCAAGAAAGACAAAGAGAUCAUAGCCGAGUAUGAAACACAAGUAAAAGAGAUCCGUACUCAGUUGGUGGAACAGUUCAAAUGUCUGGAACAGCAGUCGGAGUCUCGCCUGCAGCUGCUCCAGGACCUCCAGGAGUUCUUCCGCAGGAAGGCUGAGAUUGAACUGGAGUACUCCAGGAGCCUCGAGAAACUGGCAGAGCGAUUUUCCUCCAAAAUCCGUAGUUCCCGGGAACACCAUCAGUUCAAGAAGGAUCAAUAUCUCCUUUCCCCUGUGAACUGCUGGUAUCUUGUGCUGAACCAGACCCGCAGGGAGAGCAGGGACCACGCCACGUUGAAUGAUAUCUUCACGAACAAUGUCAUUGUCCGUCUUUCCCAGAUCAGUGAGGAUGUCAUUAGGCUCUUUAAAAAGAGUAAAGAAAUUGGUUUACAGAUGCAUGAAGAGCUCUUGAAGGUCACCAAUGAAUUAUACACAGUCAUGAAAACCUAUCACAUGUAUCAUGCGGAGAGCAUCAGUGCCGAGAGUAAGCUGAAAGAAGCGGAGAAACAAGAAGAGAAGCAGUACAACAAAUCGGGGGACAUCAGCAUGAACCUGCUGCGGCACGAAGACCGGCCUCAGCGCCGGAGCUCCGUCAAAAAGAUCGAGAAGAUGAAGGAGAAGAGACAAGCCAAGUAUUCUGAAAACAAACUGAAGUGUACUAAAGCCCGAAAUGAUUAUUUACUGAACCUGGCGGCUACCAAUGCAGCUAUUAGUAAAUACUAUAUCCACGAUGUCUCCGACCUGAUCGACUGCUGUGAUCUGGGAUUUCAUGCCAGUCUGGCUAGAACCUUUAGGACUUACCUCUCUGCUGAAUAUAACCUGGAAACCUCACGCCACGAGGGAUUAGACGUCAUUGAGAAUGCGGUGGAUAAUUUGGAUGCACGGAGUGACAAACACACGGUUAUGGACAUGUGCAAUCAGGUCUUCUGUCCCCCGCUGAAGUUUGAGUUCCAGCCCCACAUGGGGGAUGAGGUGUGUCAGGUCAGUGCCCAGCAGCCAGUUCAGACUGAACUGCUUAUGCGUUACCACCAGCUACAGUCAAGACUGGCCACCCUCAAGAUAGAGAAUGAAGAGGUCAGAAAAACAUUAGAUGCCACCAUGCAGACUCUGCAGGAUAUGCUGACAGUGGAAGAUUUUGAUGUAUCUGAUGCCUUCCAACAUAGCCGCUCCACCGAGUCAGUCAAAUCUGCUGCUUCUGAGACAUAUAUGAGCAAAAUCAACAUUGCCAAACGGAGAGCCAACCAACAGGAAACCGAAAUGUUUUAUUUUACGAAAUUUAAGGAGUAUGUCAAUGGCAGUAAUCUUAUCACCAAGCUCCAGGCUAAGCAUGAUUUACUAAAGCAGACCCUUGGAGAAGGUGAAAGAGCUGAAUGUGGCACUACAAGCAGAAGAGAUGGAAGACUUAGGCUGCCUCACUUUCCUUGGCUGAGCUCUUCCUCUGCUCCCCACCUUGUGCCCCAUCCUGCACUGCAAGGAAGAAGAAAUGCUCGAACCAGGAACCAGGAUUCAGGACAGGCUAUUCCACUUGUGGUUGAAAGCUGCAUUCGCUACAUCAAUUUAUACGGUCUCCAGCAGCAGGGUAUUUUUAGAGUUCCUGGAUCUCAGGUUGAAGUCAAUGACAUCAAAAAUUCCUUUGAGAGAGGUGAAGACCCCCUUGCCGAUGAUCAGAAUGAACGAGAUAUUAAUUCAGUGGCUGGAGUCUUAAAGCUGUAUUUCCGAGGCCUGGAAAACCCCCUCUUUCCUAAGGAAAGGUUUCAAGAUUUGAUAUCUACGAUUAAAAUGGAGAACCCAGCAGAAAGAGUCCACCAGAUCCAGCAGAUCAUCAUUACUCUUCCUCGUGUUGUCAUCGUGGUCAUGAGAUACCUCUUCGCUUUCCUCAACCACUUGUCACAGUACAGUGAUGAGAAUAUGAUGGAUCCCUACAACCUGGCCAUCUGCUUUGGACCAACUCUCAUGCACAUUCCGGACGGUCAGGACCCUGUGUCCUGCCAGGCGCAUGUCAACGAGGUCAUCAAAACCAUCAUUGUCAAUCACGAAGGCAUCUUCCCUAGCCCCAGGGAGCUGGAGGGGCCAGUAUAUGAGAAGUGCAUGACUGGAGGUGAAGAAUAUUGUGACAGUCCUCACAGUGAACCUGGCACCAUUGAUGAAGCUGACCACGACAAUGGCACUGAACCCCACACUAGUGAUGAUGAAGUGGAACAGAUCGAAGCCAUCGCCAAGUUUGACUACGUUGGGCGGUCCCCACGUGAGCUGUCCUUUAAGAAGGGGGCCUCCCUUCUCCUGUACCAUCGAGCAUCGGAAGAUUGGUGGGAAGGCCGGCACAACGGUGUGGACGGCCUCAUCCCGCAUCAGUACAUCGUCGUACAAGACAUGGAUGACGCCUUCUCAGACAGCCUGAGUCAGAAGGCGGACAGUGAAGCCAGCAGCGGGCCUUUGCUGGAUGACAAGGCCUCAUCCAAAAAUGACAUCCAGUCCCCGACGGAUCACAUUCCUGACUAUGGAUUUGGAGGCGUGAUGGGCCGGGUGAGGUUGAGAUCAGAUGGAGCCGCCAUUCCCCGUCGCCGAAGCGGAGGUGAUACCCACAGCCCUCCUCGCGCUAUCGGACCUGGGAUAGAUGCCCCGCCUCGGGCAGCUGCCUGCCCCAGCAGCCCUCAUAAAAUCCCACUCAGUAGGGGAAGAAUCGAGAGUCCCGAGAAGCGGAGGAUGGCAACAUUUGGAAGCGUCGGCAGCAUCAACUAUCCAGACAAGAAGACUCUGUCUGAUGGGCACCCACUCAGGUCCACCUGUGGCUCCACUCGGCAUAGCAGCCUUGGUGACCACAAGUGUCUAGAGGCAGAAGCCCUGGCAGAAGACAUCGAGAAGACCAUGAGCACAGCUCUGCAUGAGCUGCGUGAGCUCGAGAGGCAAAACACAGUCAAGCAGGCUCCAGACGUGGUCUUGGACACCCUGGAGCCAAUGAAGAACCCACCACUGGGCUCGGUCAACUCGGAGCCCGCCAGCCCCCUGCACACCAUUGUGAUUCGGGAUCCAGAUGCUGCCAUGCGCCGGAGCAGCAGCUCCACCACUGAGAUGAUGACGACGUUCAAGCCGGCACUCUCUGCCAGGCUGGUCGGGGCUCAGCUGAGGCCACCCCCCAUGCGGCCCAUCCGGCCCGUGGUCCAGCACCGAUCCAGCAGCAGCAGCAGCUCAGGCGUGGGCAGCCCGGCAGUGACCCCUACUGAGAAGAUAUUCCCCAACAGUUCAUCAGACAAGUCUGGCACCAUGUAGCUUCCCCUCCCGGUGGCCUCUUAUAAGCAGACCAAUCCAGUGUCUCCAGCAAGGGGUUGUUGGGGAGGAGGAGUUAGGGAUGGGAGUUGGGGGGGGAGGGGGGCAGGGGGAAGAUGGGAGAUGAACAACCAGAUGUGCUGCCGGUUUUAGAACCAGAGAAAAAGUGGUGUGAAGAAUGUGGAGAGAAGUGGGUAGGCAUGAAGAUUAAAGAUUUGGAGGCGGUCUAUCUUUAUCUGUCCUUUUACAUACACAGAUAGACGUAGGUGUGGGCCUCUAGUCAUAGAAUAUGAACACACAGAAACACCGAAACAAAGCUAUUCAUCAGAUGUCCUUCAAAUGGCUAUUCUACAUAUUGUCACUGGGAAUUAUACUCUAUAGAUUAUAUAUAUGUACGUAUGUGUCUGUGGGUGUAUAUAUAUAUAUUUAUGCAUCUAUAUACAUGUAUAUGUACACACACAUACAAAGUGUAUAAAGUAUCCUGAUUUUCCCUUUUAUUAAAUUAGAUUUACCUCAGACCUGGGCCGUUAAAAAUCUCCUAUAGAGUUGUUUGGGGGUGGAUGUGGGUUUUGUUGGUAGCUGUUGAGAUUCCUAGCCAGUGCACGCGAAGCAAUACAUCACUGACCUUGAGUUUACCUUCUGUAAAAAUUGGCACUGGACGAGAGGAGGUGACUUGCUUGGACUCUGUUUCUAAGGAAAAAGUGGAAACUCCCCCAGUGGUGAGAGGCUUCCCCAGAUGAUGGGGGAAUUCUUCUCAUGGAGUUCCUUGAGGCCUGCGGCGGCUGCCACUACCGCUGCACUCUGGAGCCUAAGGUUGGUUCUCUGGCACAAGGAAAUGAACGAGAAAGAGCCCGGUUCAUCCUAAUCCCUUGUUUGUCCAUAGAGAAGGGGAUGAAGAGCCCCUAAGCCGCAACGUAGCACAGUGUUGUGUGUGUUUUAAAAAAUAAAAAAUAAAAAAAUAAAAAAUUUUAAAAAAAGGAAAAAAAAAUACAGUGGUGAAAUUUUCAAACUAGAAAAGCAGUAGUAAGAAACCUGUGGUAAAUAUAGGUUAACUUAUACAGUUUGGAAAUAUUUAAUUUGUCUUUUCCUCUCUUCACUAAUUAUUAUUGUGUCCAACUGGGACUAAACAGGCAAGGAGGCUUAGAUGCAUUCUUUUUUUUUUUUUUGAAGUUGCACAAUACUACAUAAGUCUCACUUCAAUUUAUGUCCUCUUGCAUGAAAAGCAUGAGCCAUAUUUGACCGUGUCAGGCAGGAGCCAGUCUGAUAAGGUGAUAUUUUGCACUUUCUCUUCUAUGGAAUACAGCCCUUUGAGUUUAUGCAAAAGAAGUUGUUUUUUUCCCCCUCUCUGAGCAUUUAAUGUAGCUGCAACUAUGCUGAAAGAUCUGGGUUGCAUGAUCUCGGUGUUUGAAAAGCAAGUCUCUUCUCUAUUGACUUUACUUGCUGGAUCUUAGAUGUUGAUUUUACGAUAUCCUCUUUUUUAAAGUAGUUUCACAGAGCUGUCUGUGGUAUCAUUUGGGAAAUUUGAACCCAGUUGAGUCGUAUUUGAACCUCAGAUCUCAAUCAGUUCCCAAACACCGAGCCAAGUAGAUCAGAUCAUCUCUAACAAAUUCUUCAUGUACUCUUUCCCUUUCAAUAUCAGUACUUCCAUGAUCACGUUUAUGAACUAUAGGUAUUCAGUUCCUUUUGGGAUGGAAUUCUGUGGGUGGGGAUUUUGGAUACCUAAACAGCCUCAUAAAAAGACAUUUGUCCACUUGUGGCUGAGUAAAAGCGUGAUGCUUAUUCUAGUCAUUUUUAUUUUCCAUAUGCCUUUUGAGGGGAAAAAGCAGUCAUUUUAAAAGCAAUGAAUAAUUUGUGGGCUGGCAAAUUCUUGGUACUCCUUUGCAAGGCUGGCUUAGUAUGCCCUUCUGAGGAAAAAAAAAGUUCCUCACAUAUGCAGGCCAGCAGCUCAUGUAGUUCGAAUCCGACGUGUGGUAUAUAGCAGCUUUCCUCUGAAAUCCCACCUUCUCAUUGGGGAAUCCACUCAGGAUAACUAUCCCACAAAAGAAAAAAAUUGAGAGAGAAGAAGUCAUGUAUUCCCAGGCAGAGAGCUGAAGCGAAUGAGAAGACAUGACUUUACCCACCCCAUUUUUUUUGUUUCCUUUUUCUAGGUCUAGUUGUACUCGCAUGCUUCAGUCAAUGCAUAUCUCUCUUACGACUCUUGCCUGUUAUAGUCCGAUAUAUAUUGCUGUAUUUGCUUAAAUGCUGGAAAGUAAUUGUUAAAAAUGUAAACUGUAAAAAAAGGCUAAAAUUAAAUUAUAGCCAAUGCCACUCACCAAAUCUUUGCACUUAGUAGAUAGUUCAAUGUAAGGAAAACCUAAAGUCUAACCUUUCAAUGUACAGUGUGGGGGAAAGAUGUAGUUCUGUAGUUAUUAUUCCUCAAUAUAAUCAAUCUUACCAGGGGAAAUGGUGAUUACCUACUUGUUUGUUAACAUUGUUGAAAAUUGUACUGAACACAAUUAGCUCAUGUGGACUUUUUGGGGGCUUUGUGAUUUGUUUUAACCCUUGACUAACCCUGAGGUCAAUCAAUGCCUUUGUCUUUGAGUGGCAGAUGUUCAAGCAGUCUGCUCUGGGAAUGCACCAGCACAUGUGCGUUUCAAACAAGACAAGACAAUUUCAAUACAAUUGUUUUGUCUUUGUUGCCAAGAAUUUUCCCAUUCAUCCCCAGAGCGCUACCAUCAGGCCAAUCUUUCAACAAGUACUUGAGAGCAAACUGUGGCAUUUUUCUCUUCUUCCUUCUUUUUGCUUUUCCUGUUAAAAUGCUGGUCAAAGACACAAUAUUCUAUGAAAUUAUUGCCUUUUCUUACUUUGAAAGUUCUGUUUUGUUUUUGUUUUUUUUCCCCUCAUCUUUUAAGUGCCUUCAGAGCACCAGAUCAAAUGCUUGGAAUUAAUGAAAUGCUUGUGAGUUGUGUCUCAAGACUUCUUUUCUAGACUGACAUAGGACUGGGGGAUAUGGCUUUUUAGACCUUUGUGAGGGAUUUUCUUUAAUUUUAAAUCAAGAUAUUAGAAAAAAAAAUUAGCCAGUUUUCCCUUUGAAUAUGGUAACUGAAAUGCAUUUCAGGACUAGGAACUGUUUAAGAUUUACUUUUCUUGUACCUGCAGUGUGUGAAAGAGUCAUUGUGUGGAACCUGUUCAGCGAGUCACUUUGUUGGGCUGGUUUGAUCUAUCAUUUCUUGGUUAAGAGUUAAUAUGGCACCCUUUGAGGCAACUGGAUGCUGUUUAGGCUCUUACAACCCACAAACUGGCUAAAGGAGAAAUGGGAAUUACAAAUGCCAUUACUGCACCCCUUGGUUUUUCUAUUCCUAAUUUCACCUAAAUCAGCAGUGUUCCACCCGUUGUCUCCCGAGAAAUGUGGAAAGCUCAACUGUGAACUAAAAGGAGUGGGAGAAAGGCGAUGAAGGAAAAAGGUGAUUUUUCUGCUGUGCAGAGCUAAGACCCCUUCCCUGGCUUCUCUCGAGUCCCCCGUUCCAAAUAACUGCACAAAAUGCCUGCUGAGCUGAAGCAACAUUGGGGGUGGAGGGGGAGAGAGAGGGAGAAUGCCAGUUGAUCUAUUCUGUGAACAGGUGCCCCAUUUUGUGGUGCUGACUUGAGAGCAAUCACCCUACCUGACUGCUCCCCGCUUUCUGCAGAUGCUCUUAAGUGAGAUGCGUGUCUGCUCUUUUUAACCAGAGCACUGAUGGUGCAUUGCUCCUUCAUUAGCCUGAUAGGUUUUUGUUUUGUUCUUUUCUGUUGAAUCUUGGACUGUAUUUCCUCACAGUGUUGGUGUUUACAUGUUAUGGCAGUAGAUCUGAUUCUGAUUGCUUCUGAGUGGCUGGUGACUUUUUUUCCUUUCCAUUUGUGCCAGAAAAACUCCCCCUUAGGAACCUGCUGGUUGACUGUUCUCAUGAAAUGAUUGUUGUCCCUCUUCUGGAUAUUGUCUGUAAUAGAUGAUACAAUGCCAUUCAGUUUGAGUGUCUGAUUGGAUCCUCGGUCUGUACACUGAUGGCGCCCUGCGGGUCAAACUCCUGGUUUGAUGUGGAGCCAUCCUGAAUAAAACAGCUUAACUUUUCUCAAAGUCA